AUGCCUGACCGUCAUAUAUUCAACACGGACGAAGACAUUGGACCAGUUUCUCAUAAAUCAAAGGAAGGACGCAAGAAGGACCUGAACCCACUCAAUGAUCUUCGUCGUUUCCUACAUACCCAUAUUGGCAAGAGAGACAGUAACAAGUCACGCAGCAAUUCCAAUGGACGCGGCUCUGACUCGCCACCCUGGGGUACAUCGACAGCUGGUCUAUCAAAGAAGUAUGGCAAGUUUGGUAAGACAUUGGGUACAGGAGCAGGGGGGACGGUACGCAUCAUCCGACGAUCCAAGGAUCAAGAGUCGUUUGCAGUGAAGGAGUUCCGCGAACGACAGCCUAAUGAAUCAGAGAAGGAGUAUAUCAAAAAAGUAACAGCAGAGUUUUGUAUUGGAAGUACACUUCAUCACAUCAAUAUCAUCAAGACACUAGAUAUCAUUCGGAACAACGGACACUACUAUGAAGUCAUGGAAUAUGCACCCAAUGAAUUGUUUGCAGUGGUUAUGAGUGGAAAGAUGGGGUACAAUGAAAUUAAUUGCGUGUUCAGGCAAAUUGUGGACGGUGUGGACUAUCUUCAUGGGCUAGGACUGGCUCAUCGAGAUCUUAAGAUCGAUAAUUGUGUUAUGGCCGCAGAUGGCAUUGUAAAGAUCAUUGACUUUGGCACGGCCACAGUGUUCCAGGCUCCAGGUAAGACCGACGUCCUAGCCACAGGUAUUGUUGGGUCUGAUCCAUAUUUGGCGCCGGAAGUAAUUUCAUCCCAAAUGUACGAUGCGCGUAUGACCGAUAUAUGGAGCUUGGCCAUCAUCUAUAUUUGCAUGGUACUACGUCGAUUUCCUUGGAAAUUGCCUGAUCCAGAAUCGGACCCAAGCUUUAAGAUUUUCAUCGACGCGCACCCGGAGCUCAAUGUGCGUGCAGCACCCCAUCGCCGUAUCGAACUGCCAGCGACAUCGAAUAAUGACGCUUCUCCUGAAGACCGCUUUGGCGCCGUAUUGAACAAAGAACACGCAGAUGAGCUCAUGUGCAAGUUCAGCGGUGAGGGAAAUAUCCCAACCGCUGUGGAAGCAGGGUACACAAUGCACACUGGGGGAGGUGGUAUGACACCAGGCACUGUGACGCCUAUCCUUACGCGCGAAGCAACUACGCCGGUGGGUGAUAGCCAUGAGCCCUCUCCUAUGACGGAUAGUGUAUAUGAAGAGUCGGAACUUGAAUCGACUGCGCCAUCUCCAGGUAUGAUGACACCGCGAGACGGCGAGUCCACAAAUGAUGGGCAUUCACGGGCGGAUGACAGUUUAUUUCGGUUGUUGCCGUUGAGAUCACGCGCCUGCUUGACGCGAAUGCUUGUGUUAGAGCCAACAGAACGUGCUACGCUUGGUGAUCUUCUACGUGGUCGAUCUUACGGAGCUCGCGAUGGUGCCGUAUCAGCCUCAUUAUACGCAGAACAACGUAACAAGGCGGAUGAUCCAUACUCAUCACCAACGCAUGCCACAGAUGUCAUUCCAGUGUCGAGCACAGGGGGACCGUCGCUUGCUCCUUAUGUGGACGAAUUUGAAAACGAUGAAGAUACGGGUGAUGAAUGGCUUAAAAGUAUUUACACCUGCUCGCAUUGGAAGGAUAUGGCUCCGUCUAGUACAAAGGCGAAGGCAUCGGCCAAUCUAUCCAACUCUAAGGAGAAUGAUGAAAACAUCUUUGCUGACAUGGGAUUCCGUUCUAUGACGGAGCUGGAAGAAUUGGGUCGCUUAUGA